AUGAAAUAUGUGGGAAGAACACCCCCUUCGGCUCCCGUACCCAAGGCUCGGGUUUUAGGUGCUACUCUGGUAGCUCUCAAUGCUAUCUCGGUGGAUCAAAUUGUGGCUCAUGGUAACUGGUCGUCUCGAUCCAUCUUUGAAGACUUCUACCGGAUCUCUGUGGCCAGUAAUACAAAUUGUACUAAGUCUACUCUGAAAAUACCACAAAGUUCCAGCUCUAAGUGUAAUAUUAUGUAA